AUGAUUCAUUCGGUUGAUUUUCAUUUACAGUUAAAGCAAUCUCAAUUUCGAACACCAAUCGAAGUGUUGAGGAAGAAUUUCAAAUGUAUACAGAAACUUGUGGAAACACAGAAAAGCUACUGUAUAUGCCAGAUAAAACUAAUCGAGAACACCCGCAAUAAACAGGAGAAGUUGGAUCUUAUCGAUGCCACCAUUCGACAACAGGAGAUGUUUAGCAGCGAUAUUGAAAGAAUGGUCAAAGAACAUAACAAGUACAUUUCAAAGUUGAAACUGAGAGUACAUAAGCUUAAACAGUUUCAAAUAAUAUAUGAUGGCCACACAGGAAAGUUUUCCAGCGAAGAAGCACUUGCCAAGUAUGCAGCAGUUUACAGAGAAGAAAUCAACCUUUUGUUGAUUGAUUUCCUUCUCAAAAGUUCCUAUAUGGACCCAAUUCAUUCCGACAAGUACAACUCGGGUGUUAUUCUAGCUAAGAAACUGGGACUCGAUAAUUUGAUUGACUAUGACGUGAUAUUACAAGGUCUUGAAAUCUACAAUGAAAUAAAGUUUCACAAAAAUCUGAAAAUAUUGAUCAAAUGGUGCACGGAGAACAAAAAGAGUCUAAAAGCAAUUCAAGAUGAAAACGAUCCAAAAUCUUCUCUGAAAUUUGAAACGUAUUUUCAAAGUUUCAUUGAGAACGUUAAGCUGGCAGAGCUCUCGAAGGCCCUGGAGAUUGCCAGUGAGUAUCUGGUGAAUUUCUUGGAUAUGAAUGUGGAUGAAAAUUUAUACAAAAUUGCUUCAGGUGCGGCAUUGCUUUGCUGGAACCGAACUUACUUGGAUGACACUGUUCGGCCAACUCACAAUCGCGAACAUGAAAAAUCCUAUUCAUUUUACGACCAGAGUAUGAACAUGGUCAACCAAAUUGAAGGGAAUAUUUUACCGCUAAAGGAGCUUUUGGAGGAAAGUAAAUGGUCCAAGCUAGCUGAUUUUUUCCUGUUCAACUUCAAUUCAAUAUAUGGAAUAAGCCAGAAACCGGACUUGCUGCUGCUUUUAAGCGUGGGAGCGACUGCACUUAAGACAAGAUCUUGUGUGCGGCCAUCGACCUUUAGUGAAGUCAGUACGCGUGACAUAAACUUCGACGAUUACUUGAUCGACACCAAGAACAAGGAUGGUAGAAUUGCAAUACAUAAUGAAUGUCCAAUAUGUUCACCCGAUCUUUAUGAACUCACUCACGAUAUCCCAUUUUCUCACCAAGUGAAAUCCAAUAUCUAUGACGAUCCGGUGAUGCUUCCCAAUGGUAAUAUUUACCAAUAUGAUAAACUGAUUUCGAAAUCUUCUAAGAUUAGUGGGGAGAAUUUUGAUCGAUCGAAGCUUAUGCCAGCACAGCUUUUUAAAGAACUAAAGGAUUCCAUUGGAACUCUUGGUAAGAACGAGUUUACUGGUCUGUUGGACAACUAUGAAAUUUUAGACCCUUUAACAGGAGAGGUUUUCAAAAGAGAACAAAUCACAAAAGUAUUUCCUACUUAA